AUGUUUCUGCUGCAGGCUUUCGAGUCAUCUAUCAUCAGCGCUCGCAAUGAACUGGCUGUCUACAACAACAUACAAAAUUCCUGUCGCCGUAAGCUCGAGACUUUUCCGACGACGCUCGAGGAGGACAAGGCGAUACUGGCUGAUGCAACGGCAGAGUCGAGCUUUCGGCUGCUGCUUGCGGUUCAAGUGCGCAUCGAAGACAAACAAGUGUUUGCAGGGGUCAUCGACACAAUCGAACAAUGGAAACACGUCCUAGCUACUUGUCCUGAGAAGUACCCACCUAGUACUACUCGGUUGUAA